UACUCCGAAUUUAUCGUAUGUUACGGAAACUAGACAGAAAAAAAUGGCGUGCAGGAGCAUGCUUCGUUCAUGGAUUCUCGUGGAGCCGUUUCAAUUCCAAAAUCUUCAUUUGAAUUAUAACAGAGGCGUUAGGGCAGUUGCUUUUCGCCGUGGCAAAGGAGUAACCCUUCGUUGCUGCCACAGCGAGACGCCGCCAUUUCAGGACGAUCAAGGUCCGCCUCAAGAGGCGGUGUUGAAGGCCAUUUCCGAGGUGUCUAAGGCGGAAGGGAGGGUUGGGCAAACUACGAAUAUGGUUAUUGGAGGCACUGUGUCGGAUGAUUCUACCAAUGAAUGGCUCACUUUGGACCAGAAGGUGAACUCAUACCCAACUGUUCGAGGAUUCACUGCAAUAGGAACGGGAGGUGAGGAUUUUGUGCAAGCCAUGGUUGUUGCCGUGGAAUCCGUAAUACAGCAGCCUAUUCCUCAGGGACGUGUGAAGCAGAAGUUAUCUGCAAGAGGCAAAUAUGUAUCUGUAAAUAUUGGGCCUGUACAAGUUGAUUCUAGUGAACAGGUCCAAGCUGUAUAUAAUGCCAUGAGGAGGGAUGACAGGAUGAAAUAUUUUUUGUAGUAUUAGAUUUUGUAUAGAAUGAUGUGUUUCCAGGGGAUGAAUUUACACGUCUGCCUUGAAGUGGUUGGGCGGAUUUUGUUCUUUGAUUAACCCAUCAUAUCAUUGCAAUCAUUAUGCAAAUUUGACCUCUUCUGUAUCUUAGGAAGAUGUAAUGUGAUUAUUAUUAUUUAUUACCCAUAGUUAUAAUGUUAUAUACAUUACAAUAUAGUAGAUUGGUUCAGUUCAGUUUUCUA